AUGAGUAAUCCAGGUUCUCCAACACCAAGAGGUCGGGGCAGAGGUCGAUGGAAGGAGAUGUCUUCAAAUGAAAGGGUUACCAAUUGGGUAAACCAAAGAGAAGCAAAAAAAUUGAAUAGGGAACGAUGGGCAAACCAUGUCACUGGAAGUAAUUCUGCGGCAGGAGAUGCAGGGGAUGUUCAAGUGCCAACAAAGCAGGAAGGCAUGGAAAUAGAAUCAAGUCUUGACAGGUCCAAGGCAAAGCGACAGAAUGUUCCACUGUAUGUCCCCCCAUCUCUUCGUGCAAAGAAGGAAUCAGGAAGAAAGAAAGAUCCUUCUGAUUUUAAUCAGGACUGCUGUGCGGCCAAGGGACCUGACAUUGAUGAUAAAAUUCAGAAUGGGAAGAUAGGUAACAGUUCUGAUGUCUUAGUCAGGAAUGACAGCUAUGACAGUGAAGAACAGAAGUCAGUACCUCGUGAAACAAGUCGAUCUAAAGGACGAGGAAGAGGAAGGAAAAAACCAGAAGUUGAGAUUUAUGUACCUCGGGCUUUACGAGGUGCUAAACAUGAGAGUAAAUGUAUUUCUGGAACUCAAGAUUGUAAUGAACUCAAACACAGAAACAUAUGCACAGAAGAGAUUCAGCCAAACACUCUGUUUGCAGAUUGCAACAUUGAUGUAAAUGCUUUAGCUCCGGAGUCUUGUACACAAUCUCCAGAUUUUUCUGAUGCGUGUAUUUCUGAUAAAGUCUCACAAGAUGAAAAUCAACAUUAUUCCAAUAGUCAAUCAGUACAUCAUUAUCAAGCUGGUGGCUCUAAUUCACCAUUCAGUCAUGCUUCCGUAACCAAAAAAGGGAAGUAUGAAACCAACAACAGUCCAGCAGUGCACCAUUAUGAAGUGGAUGCCCCAGCUUCCUCUCCAGACAUAUCUGAUGAACAGCCACAAAAAAAGAGUGCAGGAAAAUCCUUGACAUUUGAAUUCUAUGACCCAGCUGUAGUUGCUUUUUUACCGUCAACCUGUUCUGUCCUGAAUUCUUCAGAUAUAAAUAUGUCAUAUCCCACGGACAAUUCUAGACAGACUCCAUCUGUGCCCCAAGUUUCUGCUUCAUUGCAGCAAAAUGUAACAGAAUUUUCUGACUCAUCAAUAUCAUGUGAUGUUCAUGCUCAAAGGCCAUGUAUUGAUAAUGACCAUCAGGGUCAAGUCUCUGUAGAAAAAGACAUCACACAUAAUGUGUUAGAUGUUUGUGAAAAUACUAAGAGAGAUAGUCAGAAGAGAAGAAUGCUCCCCACAGAUGCAUGUAUAAAUAAGAGUGUUCCAAACUUUAGCAGUGAGCAGAUCUCUGUCAGGGGUUUGCUCAGUUGUCAAGAAAGUAGGGAAGAGAUAUCUAUUGGUUACCAGAAUACUCAAGAAAAUAAUGAACAGAUGCCUACCAAUGACUUAUUUGAUACAUGUAACACUCCAGAAAGUAGUGAAAUGUUAAAACUGCCUGUGAUAGAUGAUUGCAGCAAGCCUGUAUUGACCGUAGAUAGUGCAGCAUAUUUAGAAUGUGAGGCACCAGAAGAGAUGUACAAAGAUUUCAAAACUGUGUCUAAUAAUGCUGAUGGGGCAGAAGUGGAUUUCAGUGAGAAGAUUUUAACUGUGACACUUUUGGCCGAGAAAACAUAUCCAUGUGACAGCUUGUGUCAGGGUGAUUUGACAGAAUAUGUUGGCAAAGUAGAGAUUGAUAAGCCAAAAAUCAACUAUUUGAACUAUGAGCCAAAGGAGGCUGCAGUAGAUUAUGAAGCUUUCAGUCAUAUUUUAGAAAUAUACGACUUUUCACCAGACCUGGCCACCUGUGAUCUCAUUACAUCAUUCAGGGAGUUUUCGUCUCGAGGAUUUGAUGUCAAGUGGGUUGACGACACUCAUGCUCUUGGUAUAUUCUCUAGUGCUAUAGCAGCCAAGGAAGCUCUGAAAAUGAUACAUCCUCUGUUGAAAGUGAGACCUCUGUCUGAAGCUUCUAAGAAAGGACAGAGCAAAGCCAGACAUUGUCAAGAGUUUCUUCAACCUUAUAAAGCUCGACCAGAAACAACUUCUAUUGCUGCUCGCCGUUUGGUUGCUGGGGCACUGGGUAUGAUGCCUCUAGUGUCAAAGGAGGUCAGAGAUCUGGAGCGAAAAAAGUUGAAGGAAGCCAAAGAAAGGCGUCGUCAGGAGAGACAACAGAAAAUUGAUAUGUGGGAUGGGAGCUUCAAGAAAUGUGCCAUGGAUGAGGAAAACACUGAUUGUCGGUGA